AGUCGCUGUCGAUCUGAUUCACGGAUUCCUAACACGCAUCGGCAUUGGAAUGGAGUAAAAGCGCAAAUAUAUGAAAUAUGCCCGCGACUAGUGUUUAGUUCUGGAUAUUCUUGGGCGUGGAACAGAGGUCCGUAACAUUGCCGCAGAGCUACCUCAAGAUAAAGGUGCCAUUAAUUUGGGGUGACGACGCCCUUUCAACAGCGAAACCAUGUCAGCGUCCAUAACCAAGAAGUUCUAUAAGUUGGACAUAAACCGGACGGAAUGGGAGAUACCGGAGAUAUAUCAGGACCUACAGCCCGUUGGAUCGGGAGCCUACGGACAAGUUUCGAAAGCACUGGUUCGCGGCACCACCAUGCAUGUGGCCAUCAAAAAGCUGGCCAGGCCCUUCCAGUCUGCCGUGCACGCCAAGAGGACGUAUCGGGAGCUCCGACUUCUCAAGCAUAUGGAUCAUGAGAAUGUGAUUGGCCUGCUGGACAUAUUCCAUCCACAUCCGGCGAACGCUUCGCUGGAGAACUUUCAACAGGUGUACCUGGUUACCCACUUAAUGGACGCGGAUCUGAACAACAUUAUACGGAUGCAGCACUUGUCCGACGACCACGUACAGUUUUUGGUCUACCAGAUACUGCGGGGAUUGAAGUACAUCCACAGCGCCGGAGUGAUCCAUCGCGAUCUGAAGCCCUCGAACAUUGCCGUCAACGAGGACUGCGAGCUGCGUAUUCUGGACUUCGGUUUGGCGCGUCCCACGGAGAACGAGAUGACGGGCUACGUGGCCACGAGAUGGUAUCGCGCCCCUGAGAUCAUGCUCAAUUGGAUGCACUACAACCAGACGGUGGACAUAUGGUCUGUGGGAUGCAUUAUGGCAGAACUUAUCAACAGGCGCACCUUGUUUCCGGGGACCGAUCACAUCCAUCAGCUGAACUUGAUCAUGGAAAUGCUGGGCACGCCACCCGCCGACUUUAUGAAGAAGAUCUCCUCGGAGAGCGCUCGCUCCUACAUCCAAUCACUGCCGCCCAUGAAGAGACGCAGCUUCAAGAAGGUGUUUGAAAACGCCAAUCCGCUGGCCAUUGAUCUGCUGGAGAAGAUGCUGGAGCUGGAUGCCGAUAAGCGGAUAACGGCCGAGGAGGCCCUGGCCCAUCCGUAUCUGGAGAAGUAUGCGGAGCCCAGCGACGAGCAGACCUCGCCGCCAUACGAUCACAGCUUCGAGGAUAUGGAUCUGCCGGUGGACAAGUGGAAGGAGUUGAUCUACAAGGAGGUCACCAACUUUAGGCCCCCGCCGUCGUUUGCUCAGGUUCUCAAGGAUGUCAAGUGAAAACCAAGCGACCCAUCACGGACUUAAAGUAUUAAACAGGGCAGUUUAUUUUUUAUAGCGACUUAUUUUUACCUAGAACCUUGUUCAAACGAUGCCUUUUGUACUCAAAUGUAGCUAUUCCUAGGGCUGACUAAUAUUUUUGUUUUCUACGGUGUUUUACCAAUUUGUUAUGGCUUGCCACUAAUAUUGUACUGUAUAGUUUACAAUAAAUGCGUUUUUAAAAAUGUUGCACAAAUUGA